AUGCUCUUGAAUUUUGAUAGGAAUUUCAUUCCAUACUACGUGUCCAUCCUGGACAGGAACUUCUCGGCCGGCCUGUCGUCUCACAGCAGUCCGGCCUUCCAGAGGGAAGCCAGAGGAGUGCAGGGCGUGGUCGAGAAAGUCAUGAAGGGCUCGCAGCUCUCUCGAUAUUUCAACUCCACCACAGUGUUCGCCUUCGGCGAGGGGAGCGUGGUGGUUCACUUCUGGGUGCUGAUGUCCAUCCCCGGCAGCCACGCCGGCAGGGUCACGCUGCAGAAGGUGGCGUCCAGCCUGCAGGGCGGCCUGAGAGGCCUCGGCCGGCCAGAGGGGGAGGAGACGGCGAGCGUCGGGGGAUACCUCCUCCACCUCGCCACGCUGACCGUCAGCGACUGCUACCGCUACCAGAGGGUGGCGUCCAGCAGCCCCGUGGCGCUGUGCGGCCCCGACACGCGGCGCUCGUCCUGCAUGUGGCAUCUCCAGGCCGACGCCGGCUCCCAGCUGGAGCUGCACAUGGAGUGGCUGCUGCCCGAGUGUCGCGACAGGCUGGUGGUGUACGACUCCAUCACCCCCUCCGACGACCACCUCAUCACGUCUGUGUACGGCUGCAGUAGACAUGAGCACGUGGUUCGAGUCCUGUCGUCAGGCGAGUGGAUGACCGUCGUUUGGAAACAGGGUCUGUACAAUUACAAAGACCCCUUCUCCCUGUCUGCUCAGGCCUGGGAUCACCCGGACUGUAACGCCACCAUUCAGCUGGAGGCCGUAUCAGGGGUCCAGGGGACGCUCAGGACGCCGUUCUUUCCCAGCUUCUACCCUCCCAACACCAACUGCACCUGGAGCUUCACUGUAGGCCUGAACCGCAGACAGGGAGCCGGGCCACAUCCCCGGCUCCAUCAGCGUCCCCUUACCGUCCUUCCUGUCGCCGUCGGGCCACUUCCUGCCCCGGGAGCGGCUCCGGGCGCUGUUCACCCGGGCCGGCGUGGACCUGUGGCGGCCCGCCUGCGUCCUUGCGGGCACCCCGGCGUGGCGGUGUACGACGGCGGCUGGUCGGAGUGGUUCACCCGGGCGGCGCCCGAGCACGUCAUCUCCGAGGGCAGCGGGAAGCACCUGUGA